AUGGAGCAGAUCAUUAACGUCGCUGAGUUGAAACAGCCCCAGGCUGAUACCAAAACUUUCAGUCACACAUGCUUGUGCAGUCAGAGCCCAACACCUGUGGGUUCGCAAACCGGCCAUGACUAUUCUCUUGUUCAUCCCCAUACCCGCCCCCAUACCCCAGAAUAUCAACAGAUGCCCCCACCUCGCCACCAAGCUCCUCCACCUUCAGAGGAACGCAAAUUCGGCAAUCCGGCUCCUCUUGGCCUGUGUGGAUUUGCUCUGACUGCAUUCCUUUCAAAUGGCAUGAGUGUUUUCGCUGGGGUACCGGUCGCCGGUGAAAAUGUUUCUUCGGCACUCGCAUAUGGAGGCAUUAUCCAGGUUCUUGUUGGAAUGUGGGAACUAGCUCUUGGAAAUACCUUCGGCGCUACAUCCUUCUGUUCCUAUGGCGCAUAUUGGAUUUCCUUCGCUCUACUCAAUUUUGAUGGAACCAAGGUCACAACCCAAACUGCCAAUCAUGUCUGCCAGAGCGAGAUGUUGAUGGGGCUCUUCAUGAUGGCAUGGUUCAUCUUUACAACCAUCAUGCUUUUGUGCACACUCAAAUCUAGUCUCGCCAUGUUUCUCCUAUUCUUCUUCCUCGACAUGAACUAUCUCCUAUUGGGCAUUGCAAACAUCCAAUGCGGCGCCACCGGCGAGAUUAUGGCCACAGUUCAGAAAGCCGGGGGCAUUUUUGGUCUCUUGGCUGCCUUUGCAGCUUGGUAUAACGCCUUCGCUGGUAUAUUCGACAAGAGCAAUGGAUUCUUCACUGUUCCACUUGGUCACUUCCCGUGGUCACCACUCAUUCACGCCCAUCAAUCUAAGUUCAAGGAAGUGUGA